AUGUUUGAAGAGAGGUGUAAAGGAAGUGGUCAAGAGCAUAAGAAGAGGCCAAAAAGGGACAAAGACCUACCGGAGAAGCCACGCGGCAGGCCAACGGUGACUACGGUCGACCGGAACCUCGCCGAAGCUCUUCCCAUGGCACCACCGUCGAGCUACUCUGCUCCAAACCCCCCCCCUCACAAAGCUCUGCCUCACACUGCUUUGGACACAAUAUCUCAGACAAGCUGA